AUGUUAAGUUUUAAAGAUAACAAGUUAACUUCGCUGGGAAUGCAUUUUAAUGUAUGGGAUUGGUCAAUACCAGAGUUAUAUGGAAUAGUGUUGGGUAUGAUGGUGAAGUUGGAUUUGAGUGAAUGUUUACAAAUACGCAAUUCAGAAAUGUUGGAUUUUAUUAUUGACGUUGAGAAAGGUUAUCACGACACUGAAUACCACUCGUUCUAUCACGCUGUGGACGUUGUAGCUGUGCUAUAUUACAUGCUAACAGACUUGGGUGCUGCAAAAUACUUGACACCAUUGGAUUCAAUUUGUUUGAUGAUAGCUGGUUUGUGUCAUGAUAUUGGUCAUCCUGGUUUGAAUAAUGUUUACCAAGUUAAUGCAAAAACACCAUUGGCAAUCAAAUAUAAUAAUCAAUCUGUGCUUGAGAAUUAUUCUUGUGCGUUGACAAUGGAACUUUUGACUAAACAUAAAUUGUUUCGCAAUUUGCACAGUUGUAAUAUCGAGUUUCUGGAAAAUGAUUUUGGCUACUGA